AUACUGCAAGUCAAGAAAGUUUUAGCAGUCGGAUGAUGAUGAUUUUAAAAUAACAAGAGUAAUCAUGAUGAUCAUUAAUCAAGUCCAUCUACUAUUCAUGCAGAAAAAAAAAAUCCUUUUAAGCGUAGAAAAAAGGGUGUGGUUCUUUCUUGUUUUAGUAACCCGCCCUAGCUAAUUGAUGCGAGGAUGAACUAGAAAUUCAUUCUAUGGCAGAUUAAGCGUACCCAAGUGCUCAAUUUUCCAAACUAGUUGCCGAUUCUGGAUAAGGUAAUCGACUGACAAGAACACGUGUUUUUCAUUUCAGUGUUUUUGUCUUCUGUUUCAGUGAUUUCUUGUUUUAAACAGAGUCAGUUUAUAGUAUAUUAUGGUAUAUUCCUCCCCACUUGCCAAUUGCCAUGACUGUUGGGUCCAUCUUUGUUUGGUUGGUAAUCAUAAAAUAAAAGAAAAAAGAAACCUAAAACCUUGGAGGUCUGAUUUCUUUACUUGCUCUCACCAGUCCCACUUGCCUUUUGUUCAUUUCGAUAUUCAAGUUGGGUUCUUAUUGUUAGUGGCUUCAAUUAUAGAAACGUGGAGAAAAUUUUUGGGUUUGCAGUUUGGUUUUGACAUUUUUUCUCAAAUUUGGAAACCCAACUAAAUAUUGGGGUUUUAACUGUUUAAGGGCUAAGGAGGAUUGGUAAUUUGUGAUUAUUACCUCUUUUGGGGGCAGGGAUUUUCCUUUGGAAAGAAAAAAAUUGAGAGAGAAGUUUGUUUGGAUGUGUGAUUUCUGAGGGAAGAAUAGAAAUUUUGUCAAAAUUCUUUAGUUGCAAAAAUUUCCAGAAGCUAGUAUGGCAGAAUUUAGAAGUGGCUUGUGAUUCCUGGGCGUUGAUUGAGAAAUUCUUUCAAGCUUAUUCGCUGCUUUAUUUUCUUUUUUUUGGUUUAUGAGAUGUUCUACGCAUUGAAUUACCCAUCUUAUGCAUUCAGUCAUGUAAAUUCUCAUAAAACACGUAAGGCAAGGUUGAAGCCAGUUCUAGCCAUACCCUCAUCAUCAACUGUCUUGCACACAGAUGAGAAUGGCAGUGGCUCUUCUGAUUCGUUGGUUAGUCAAGCAAAUACUGUUGGUAUAUUAGGAGGAAUAUCAGCAAAUUCUUCUCUGAAUUUCCUGAAAAAAGUAGUCCAGUGGAGUACAAAAGAUGGUCAAGAUUGCUUUCCAUUUGUUCUUUGCUCUGAUCCAGUGUUAAAUAAGAAGCUUUUAUUACAUGAAAGAGAGUCUUUUCCCUCUCUUGGUAGGGGAAAUGAACAUUCUCAAUUGGAUCAUACUCCAAUUUGGGAGAAUCUACAGAGGAAGAGGGUUUUUCUUGAGAAAUCAGGAGCUCACUGUAUUGUAAUGCCUUGUCAUAUUUCACAUGCUUGGCAUGAUGAGAUUUCAAAUGGGAGUUCUGUUCAUUUACUUCAUAUGGGUGAGUGUGUUGCUAAGGAGCUUAAGGAAGCUAAGCUGAAGCCACUAGAAGCUGGAAGUCCUUUGCGGAUUGGGGUGCUAGCAACCCAUGCUACUUUGAAUGCGGGGUUCUAUCAAGAGAAACUGCAGUGCGAGGGGUUUGAGGUUGUGCUACCAGAUAAAGCAACCAUGGAACACGCUGUAAUUCCUGCAAUUGAAGCUUUAAACAGAAGGGAUAUGAAAGGGGCAAGGAAUCUGCUGAGAAUAGCAGUCCAGGUUCUUCUAGUGAGGGCAGUGAAUACUGUUAUCCUUGCCUCUGAUGAUCUGUGUGAUCUUUUGCCUCAGGAUGAUCCUCUUCUCAAGAAAUGUAUUGAUCCAAUCGAUGCAUUGGCCCGUUCAACUAUCAAGUGGGCACAAGCUGCUGGAACAGGUACAUAGUUGAAACUGAGAACGUGCCUAUUCUGUUGUUUAAUUUUGCUUUUCUGUUGUGUAUAAAAAUGCAGUCAUUAUUUGGAAACUUUAAUUUAUGGUUAUUGUCAUGCUUGGGAGCCGACCCUAAAUUUUUGGGAUAAAGGCUUAGUUGAGUUGAGUUGAGUUGUCAUGUUUGGGGAAUGCCUGUGUUAAAAAUUAGCCCAUAGAGUUCUGUAUUAUUUGUCAAAUGCAGAUGGUUAUUAUCAGAUAGAAUUGUACUGAAAAUUUAUCAGAAAAAAGCCUUAAUGGGUCCUGUAGAAAAUCAAGAAGGGAAA